AGUAAAUUAUAUAUAUAACUACACUCACACCUAGAGUUAGAGAAAAAAGGUUUAAAAGAAAUAUGUCAAAGUGUUCAGUGUUUAUAUAUGAUUUAUUUUUUCUCUUUCUGUAUACUUUUAUGACCAUUUAAAUAUUAACCGUAUAAAAUAUUUUACAUAGUUUGUGAUAGUCUAAAUAUUCUUUUAUAACAACCCCAAAAUUAUUUAAUAAAUAAAAUAGUUUUGCAAAACAUUCUGGCAAACAGAAGAAAAAAGCUUUCACAUCGGCUGAGAGGCAACCUCCCAGGCUGCCGGUAGCAUCUGUUGGAUCAAAGGUGAGAGGCACCCCGCUGCGCAUCGUCGGAGCCAACCGGCCGGUUGUGCGCCGGGCGGACCGGCCGAACUCCCUACCAUGCCCUCCGGUUGGUCCGGGAGGGUCCGGGCACCGCCUAGAUGGCGACCCCGCCGGAAGCGCAGACUGGCCCGGACCCCGCGCCGCAAACGGGUGGUGUCAUGAGACACCUGCCCUACUUCUGCCGCGGCCAAGUGGUGCGGGGCUUCGGUCGCAGCUCCAAGCAGCUGGGCAUCCCCACUGCUAACUUUCCUGAGCAAGUAGUAGAUAAUCUUCCAGCUGAUAUAUCCACCGGCAUUUAUUAUGGUUGGGCCAGUGUUGGAAGUGGAGAUGUCCAUAAGAUGGUGGUGAGCAUAGGAUGGAACCCAUACUACAAGAAUACGAAAACUCACAUUAUACAUACCUUCAAAGAGGACGUCUAUGGGGAAAUGCUCAAUGUGGCCAUUGUUGGCUACAUCAGACCAGAAAAGAACUUUGAUUCUUUAGAGUCACUUAUUUCAGCAAUUCAAGAUGAUAUUGAGGAAGCUAAGAAACAACUAGAAUUACCGGAACAUUUGAAACUUAAAGAAGACAAUUUUUUCCAGGUUCCUAAAAGCAAAAUAAUGAAUGGCCACUGCUGAUAAAUCAUCUUAUUUAUUCAUUCACUGUUUUCUAGUAUUUGUAUUUCACUGCUCAUAACUACUCAGUCUCAUGUUGGCUAUAUUUUAAAAUUCAAUAAUUUUCCUAUACCUGUGAAUUAGUUUAAACAGUGCAAUGUAAUUACUAUAUUUAUGCUUCAGCUGUUAAAUCCAUCAUGCCACAGUACUAAAAAGAUUUCAUUUAAAAAUCAAGAUUCUUUUUUGUUAUAUGUUAAAAACUCUUUCAAAGCUUUCUAAAAUGCACUACUUAGAGAGGUCUUAGGUUUCUUAUGAAAAUAAAGCAUAUGUAAGUGUGGGUGAAGGGCAUAUCACUAGUUUGAGAUGAGAUAUAUGAUUUCUCGUGGUAAAAUACCAGUAUGUUUGUAUGUACUUGUAUAUAGCAUGUGCUGCUAAACAGAGCAGGCUUGUAGAAGUAAAUGCAUUAAACAGGUUUGG